AUGGCGGCGCCCUAUCCCAACGGUGCCUCCGGCGGCGAGGUCAAGUAUGGCGCUGGAGGAGGGGGCGGCGUCCCGUGGGACUUUCUGCCGGGGCUCGUGGUCAAGGCUCCGCAGGGACCCUGCUUGCAGGCUCAGCGCAAGGAGAAAUCCCGGAACGCGGCGCGCUCGCGGCGCGGGAAGGAAAACCUGGAGUUCUUCGAGCUGGCCAAGUUGCUCCCGCUGCCCGGCGCCAUCUCGAGCCAGCUGGACAAGGCUUCCAUCGUGCGCCUCAGCGUCACCUACCUCCGCCUGCGCCGCUUCGCAGCUCUGGGAGCGCCGCCCUGGGGGCUAAGGGCCUCGGGGCCUCCGCCCGGCCUGACCCCAGCCCGCAGGGCCUCCGCGGCGCUGGCCUCGGAUGUGUUCGAGCAGCACCUGGGAGGACACAUUUUGCAGUCCCUGGACGGGUUCGUCUUUGCCCUGAAUCAGGAGGGGAAAUUCCUUUACAUCUCUGAGACGGUCUCCAUCUAUCUGGGUCUCUCACAGGUGGAGCUGACGGGCAGCAGCGUCUUUGACUACAUUCACCCAGGGGACCACUCCGAGGUGCUGGAGCAGCUGGGGCUGCAGGUCCCCAUGCCCGGACCCCCGACCCCGCCCUCCACCUCUUCCUCAUCUUCUUCCUCCUCGCUUGCGGAGACCUCUGAGAUCGAGGCCAGCCCUGCCCUGGUGUCUGCAGCCCCCCGUGUCCAGGAGCGCUCCUUCUUCAUCCGCAUGAAAUCCACCCUCACCAAGCGGGGUCUGCACGUUAAAGCCUCAGGGUACAAGGUUAUCCACGUGACCGGGCGCCUUCGGGCCCGCGCCCUGGGCCUGGUGGCGCUCGGCCACACGCUGCCCCCGGCCCCACUGGCGGAGCUGCCACUCCACGGUCACAUGAUCGUCUUCCGCCUCAGCCUGGGUCUCACCAUCCUCGCCUGUGAGAGCAGAGUCAGCGACCACAUGGACCUGGGACCCUCGGAGCUGGUGGGUCGCAGCUGCUACCAGUUCAUCCACGGCCAGGACGCGGCCAGCAUCCGCCAGAGCCACCUGGACCUGCUGGACAAGGGGCAGGUGAUGACCGGAUAUUACCGCUGGCUGCAGCGCACUGGGGGCUUCGUGUGGCUGCAGUCUGUGGCCACGGUGGCUGUGAGCGGCAAGAACGCCGGGGAGCGCCAUGUGCUCUGGGUCAGCCACGUGCUCAGCCAAGCUGAGGGGGGCCAAACGCCUCUGGAUGCCUUCCAGCUUCCGGCCAGACUGGUCAGUGACAACCCAUCCAGCCCAGAGCCAGAGACCACAGACCCAGAUCCGCCAGCAGAUGGGAAGUCCAAGGCGCCCCAGGACCAGGAGGAGCCCCCCCUGACCCGGGGCACACGCAUAAAAGUCGAACCCAGCCGAGGGGAGACUAACGACCCAGAGGACAGUGGGGACGAAGCACCGUCCAGCCACCCGGCCCGGUUGCAGGCCGAGUUCACCUCUGUCAUCCGGGCAGGUGCCCUGAAGCCGGACGUGGUGCGGCCCUGGGGUCUGGCGCUUCCCGGGGAGCCCCCCGCAGCGGUGUUCCACGCGGGCUUCCUGCCCCCCAGUGUGCGGGGUCUGUGCACGCCCGGCGCCAUCCGCUAUGGACCCGCGGAGCUGGGCCUCAUGUACCCACACCUGCAGAGGCUGGGCCCGGGGCCCGCACGCCCCGAAGCCUUCUACCCCGCCCUGGGCCUGCCCUACCCCGCGCCCGCGGGCACUAGGGGGCAGCGCAAGGGAGACUGA